AUGGUAACGGUCACCAGAGCGUCUCUCUGUCUCCAGGACGGAUCCGUCCUCCACGUCUCCACAGGCCUCACCUUCAUCCCUCAUCUCCCUCACCUCGCUGCCGUCCAAUCGCCCGAGCCAAAGGAGGAGGAGCAGCCAAUCAGCGUCGAGCAUUACUGCAGGGAGGCGGAGCUUUGGACCGGGACGUCUGAGGGGGGCAAGUUCUACGAAGUGGAGGUGGAGCUGCCGGACCCCGAGUCCGACCAGAACACCAUGACAACAUCAUCACCGGCGCGCUCUGACAUCACUGCUGACAUCACCGCUGACAUCACCGCUGACAUCACCUGCAGGCGGCCGGACUUUAUUUCAUUGGAACCGCAGGGGUUCCGCCUGUUGGGGGGCGGAGCCAGCUGCGCAGGGGGGCGGAGCUUGUUCCAUCUGCUGAAGGCGCUGAGGAGGACGGUGCUGCCGGCGCAUUGGGUCGCCGUGAUGGCUGCAGGACCGGAGCUGCAGCUGCUGCAGUGCUGCAGGCUGUCCUCCAUGAGGGACGCCAUUGUCCACGUCCAAUCGGAUCGCAGCUUCCGGGUCAGCGUGCGGUCCCGUCCGCUGCCCGACGGCCACCGCCUCUACAGGGAGUGCGCUCACAGAGUCUCUCACCUGAGCCAGCUGGUGUCUCUGCUGCUGGAUCUGGAGCGACUCGCCGUCUGCCGUGGCUGCAGGGUUCAGGCGGCGUCCCGUCGGCUGCCGCUCCGCUCCGCAGACUGCCACCUGCUGGUGGCUCCGCCCUUCCACACCUGCCUGCCGUGCCUGCUGGAGGAGGAGGAAGAGGAGGGUGAAGAUGAAGAUGGAGCCAUGGUGGAGGAGUUCCAUUCUUGUUAAAGUGCCUCACCAUGUUGGGCUGGGGCUUCUGGGUAAUGGAGUCCAUCAGCUCCAAACGUUUCUACCUCAGGUUUUUACUACUGAACAGUUCAUCAGAACCGAGUCCGGACUGGACCGGACCGCACCGCUGGGUGUUUCUGAAUGUUACUGCAUUUCUGAAACAUUCAUAAACUUUGAAUGUUUCUGUUGGUCCUAAAGAGAUUUUUCUACUUUUGAUACGUUUAUAAAGAGUUUUUCAGAAACGC